AUGCCGUCGUCACCGCCGGCGGCGGCAUCAGGAAGCCGUCGAUAUUCCAAGAGAAGAGCACGGACGUUCCACGUCACGGUGUUCAAGUACACGCCGGUGCCGCUGCCGGAGAGGGACUGGGCGGAGCUGCACCCGGACCUGAUCUCGCGCAUCUUCCGCAGGCUGGACCAGGCCGAGCUCCUGCUCGGCGGCGUGACGGGCGUGUGCCGUUCCUGGCGGCGCGUCGCCCGGGAGGAGCCAGAGCUGUGGCGCCGCAUCGACCUGAGCGGCGGCCUGUGGUACGCUCCGGGGUCCUACCCCCCCAUGUUCAACCUGGAGACCAGGUCCAUGGUGCGGAAGGCCCUGCGGCUCAGCGCGGGGCAGUGCGAGGCCCUCGUGUGCGAGCACGUCGACGACGACACCCUACUCUUUCUCGCCGAGCGGGCCCACUCGUUGAAAAGCCUUCAUCUCAUUGUGACCCAUAUCUCUGACGAAGGAUUUGCAAAGGCAAUCAAGAUGUUGCCUCUUCUUGAGGAGCUCGAAAUUUCGCUACUUUCAAAAACGUAUACAUUGAAGCUGGUUGAAAUUGUUGCUAGAGCCUGCCCACUAUUGAAGCACUUCAGACUUGUCACAGGAAGGUACUACGAAAAUGGUAACGCGGUAGCAUUUGCGGUUGCCAGGAUGCACAAGUUACGUUCAUUGCAUCUUGUCGGUUUUAUCCUCGACAAAGAAGGGCUAACAGCCAUCCUCAACAACUGCCACGAUCUAACGUACCUAAACAUGAGAGAUUGUGGCUCUCCUAUGGAUUACAACCUACGAGCGAGGUUUUCACGGAUAACCUUCGAUGAGCAUGAGUACUGGAGUGACUAUUACAAUGACACCCAUUAUGCGUAUUACCGCUUCAAGCCUACUCUAUGUGAUUGCUGUGAUCACGUGCCCUCUUCAAAAUACGACGACGAUGACUAUGAGGCUUAUCACUACAACCUUGGUGAUGGUGAUGGUGAUGAUGUUGACGAUGCGGAUCUCGACAAGCACGAGAAGAUACUUGACAUCAAAAGCAUGCGUAGGUACCUAAGUAGAUGAAACGAUAUAUAUAGAUGUGUAAUGUCUUGAUGAAACUGUCCCCUUUUAGAAUGCGUGCACACUCGCACAAUUGUGGUUAAUGUUUUGUUGCUUUAGUUUCACCCCAUGAGACUUACACACUAUUAAUUGAUCAAUGUUUCAUCAUUCAAAUAUAUGUAGUAAUUAAUAGAAAUGAGAGAUGGCGACAAUCAUUUUA